AUGAAGAGGUGUACAUGGAACGACCACCAGGACUGGAUAUUCACGAGAAAGGAUAGGUUUGCAGCUCUCCUUGUAUAUGUAGAUGAUAUCAUUUUAGCAGGAAAUUCUAUUAAAGAAAUUGACCAUAUAAAGGCUCUUCUCCAUAAUGCUUUCCGGAUCAAAAACUUGGGAGAGGUAAAAUAUUUUCUAGGCUUUGAAGUUGCCAGAUCUAAGAAAGGAAUACACCUAUGCCAAAGGAAAUAUGUUUUGGACAUUCUUGAAGAGACAAGGAUGCUGGGAUCCAAGCCUUGCACAACUCCCUUUCUAAGUGACACAAGUUCCUUGUACAAAACUGAAAAUUACUUUACGAAUCCAAAUUUCUAUCGCAGGCUAAUAGGGAAGCUACUUUAUCUCACUAAUGCUAGACCUGAUCUAUGCUCUUCUGUUAAUCUUCUUAGUCAAUUUGUUCAUGCUCCUACUGAUUACCACUAUCGGGCUUUGCAGCACAUGCUCAGAUUCAUUAAGUCCAACCCUUCACAAGGCCUCUUCUUUGCUGCUGACUCUCAUAUCCAGAUCAAAGCUUUUAGUGACUCGGACUGGGCAACUUGUCCUAAUACUAGAAGAUCUACCACUGGCUUUUGUGUCUUCCUUGGAUCCUCUCUUGUAUCAUGA